CACGUAUUCUCUUCAUUUGAAACUGUUGUGACUGUUCUCUUCGCCGAACCGUGUGCGCGUUAGACAUGCAGAGUUUGACAGCUGGAACGGAGCACUAACAAGUCUUAGGAUGGAACAGGGUCAACCGUCUGCAACAGAUGAUGCCAAGGGCCCUCGGAAAAAUCUGCUGGGUUUUCUGGCUCAUCGUCUCAAACAGAGAGAGGCCUCAGCCGCUGCGAUGCCUGGCCAUGAUGGCCCAUCCUCUGCAAGUGGCAGCAAAGAAACUCUGCGAGCAUCUGUGAAAGAGGAAAUCAGCACAGCGUCAGGAGCAGGGUCCCUGGCAUCAGAUGGCUCUGAAGCCUCUGAAGAGCUUGUCGAGAGGCAUGCCAGCCCCGCCCGAAUAGGGCACUCCGCAGCAGAGAUUCGUGUUGGCACGCAGCCAAGUGCAUCUGUCUCUGGGGCAGCAGCCAGGGGAGGCUUGGGCACUUGGCUGACGAGGAUUACUGGCGCCUACUCGACAGCAGUGAGGGGACUUGGGGGCAGCCUGCUUCGUGGGGACAAGCUGAAUGACUAUGCAGAAACAAAGGACCGCUUGGAGCGCACGGCUGCUGAUCUUCAUGGGGAGGUGCGCAUUGUGGGGCUGCGCCGGUGGACGAGCAUCAUGCAGUGCCUUAGCUCGCAGGUCCAGGGGCCCAUCUACACCACGCAGCCCCUGUCUCCCGGGAGCCCCAACGGCGAGGGCGACUGGCAAACUUUUACGCAGGUCGGGGGCACAGCGCCGUCAUCUGCAGAGGCGGAGGUGGCAAUGCGCGUGAAUGACAUGUGGUUCAUGGAGCCCGGUGGCGAGCCCCUGACUUUCAGGGAAGUCUUCCUGAAGAGCCGCGCGCUGGAGAACAUCAUCGCAGGGUAUGCCAAAUGGCCGCCAGCGGAUCCGUCCGAGAGGGAGCUACUGGUGGACCUGUUUGCUGUGGCGCUGGGCGGCGAUGCGCAGCUGCACAGCCGCCUGGUGGAUGCGCUCAUGCGGCUGACUGAGACCUGUGCGCGGUGGAAGGAGGCCGGCGCCAGCCCAGAGGAGUGCAUGAGCAUCUCUUUGCCUGUUGCGGACGCCCUGGGCUCCCUGAAAGCUGCGGCUUCCGUGGCCAUUCUGGAUCGCAAGAUGGCGGCCCUCAAGUCAGAGAUCUCGCAGCAGGCAGCGUUAGCGGCUCAGAAGCACAAGUUCAACCAGGGCAGCGCGCACCCGACGGGCGAUGCCAGCCCCCGCCGACUCGCUUCCGGCCUUGCCGCCACAGCGCAGGUGAUGGCGCAGAGCGAGCGGCUGUGCCGGCUGGCGGCGGAGCGGCGGGCACUCGUGGAGGCGGCGCUGGCGGCUGAUGUGUCGGGGGCGCUGGCGGGCAUGCAGGACCGCGGCGCAGCGCUGUCGGCCGCCAUCCUGGACGCGGAGGCGCGCAUAACCUCCGUCCUGCGCCAGAAGCGCGACGGCCAGUCCAACCGCGGGCGCAAGCUGCAGUCGAUGGAGGGGGGGCUGCGGGAGGUGGGCGAGGAGAUCGCGGGGCUGGACGCGCGCCGCAACGCGCUCCUGGCACAGCUGGCGCAGCUGGAGGCGCAGCUGGCGCAGGCGCACGCGCGGCGCGCCGACCUGGAGGAGUCUCGCAACGUUUUUGAGGAGGGCGUCGCCUUCUCCCUCGACGCCCUCCAGCACCAGGUGGACGAGCUGGCGGCGGAGCACCGGCGGCACAAUGCGGAGUCGACGGCGCUGCAGGAGGGACGCGCGCUGCUGGGGGUGCUGUCCGGGGAGGCGCCCGGCAUGCUGGCGGCCGCCGUGCGCUCGGCACGCGCGACCGCUACCGAGGCCGCGCAGGACUUCAUCCACUCGGCCUGCCGCCACCUGUACUUCCAGCGCGCCGAGGCCCAGCUGCUCCUGCGCAAGCUGCUCUUCUGCGCCGCCGAGCUGCAGAGCCUGUGCACGAAGGAGGAGAGCGCGGCGAGGAUGGGCAUGACGGCGCUCACAUCAGACGUGGCCGGUCAGAGGCGCGCGCUGCAGCUGACCUUCCUGGAGGCCGAGGCAGCAGCCACCGCCCGCCUGGCCGAGGUUGACGCCGUUCGCGCCGCCGUCGAGGCCGCCUGCUCCAUCAAGCUGCCGCCCUCCACAGCACCGGCAGAGGUGACCGGCACGAAAGAGAGCAGCGUGAGCAGCACACAGACAGAGGAGUUUGUGGAUCUGCUGGCGUCAAUUGCAGAGCUGCGCAAGCAGAUAGAGGGCCUGGACAGGCCUGACAGCCUGCCUCCCCCUGGCCAGCCGCUGCCAAUGGAGGAGGAAGGCCAGAUGGUCCCAGAGGCCGAGGGGCUGGUCGUGAAGACAGUUUCAGGAGCAGGGCCGCAAAUUGCCGGGUCUGCAGGUGCCCCCCAUGUGCCGCACAUAGAGGCAGAAGAGGUGUCGCCUGCAGAAGACUUUGCGCGCGAUGAGAGCCCGGACGCCGUGCAGCUGGAGUCACUGGUAGAUCAAAAGGCCGCUCUGCAUACAGAGGAACCUGCCCAAAGCGUUGUGCCGCCCUCUGGCAGUGAUAAGGUGGAGGAAGAGGUCACAGCUGAUCCACCAGCAGGUGCAGAGCCACUCAGUGCUCCUGCUCCUGGUGGGCAUGGCAGCCCAAAAGAUGGCCAUGGGACCGGGGAUGCGGUACAGGAUGGCUCAGAUGACAUGGAGCAGCAGCGGGAAACAGACAAGCCUAAAACUGUGCAUGCUACGGCAGCGUCAGCUCCGCACCAGACAGAGGAGCAUCUGCCUCUGCCGUUGCACGAUGACUGA